ACUACCAGCCUGCCAACACCAGCAAGGCAGCAAUGGGUUGUAGCCCACAAAAGCCAUCCCCCAACGUGGUUUAGGCUGCCGCGUUUACCUGUUUGGUUGAGCGGCACGUUCGAGGUUUACCGCAACGAGGUGCGGUACCAGGCGAAGCACUUCGCCUGGUACCGCGAAAACGGAGGGAAGACACCGGACCCUUACGAGAUUUUGUUAUCCUUGAAGCUUUAUCAGCCCUAAAGCGAAUAGAGCUACUCCAUCACCCUCCUUCACGCACCCAUACCCUGGCGUAGUGCAUCUCAGGCGACUGCUCUUCUCCUUGUGGAUUCAGGUCUGGAACUCGAUUGACGCUCUUCCUCGUCUAAAGGCCAUAGAAUAGGAGAAAUAGCUCCAAUUGCUCCCAUUAUUCGGUCCAUCCAGAAUGAGUCAACCAAUUAGACAAUUAUCUGAAGAAAUCACUCAAGCGGACAAGGCGCGCUGGGAUGCCACUGAUAAUAGUGCUAAUGUUCAUAGUCCUCCAAGCCCUCCACGCCGUGUUGGUAGUUCAAGGAGGAGGCCAAACGCUCAAGAAGAUUGUGGUAGAAGAAAGAGGUCAGUUAAUGCAAUCCGUCAGGACCUGUGUCAAUCACUUGACCGUUCGGUUAGUGUGGUUGAGCGUCGUACCCCUGCUGCACCUGUGGCUGAUGUUCAUAGUCCUCCAAGCCCUCCACGCCGUGUUGGUAGUUCAAGGAGGAGGCCAAACGCUCAAGAAGAUCGUGGUAGAAGAAAGAGGUCAGUUAAUGCAAUCCGUGAGGACCUGUGUCAAUCACUUGACCGUUUGGUUAGUGUGGUCGAGCGUCGUACCCCUGCUGCACCUGUGGCUGAUGUUCAUAGCAUACGUGAAGUGUGCAGGCAGUUGGAGGCUAUACCAGAAACAUCCAGUGGAGGUCCUCUCACGAUGUUUGCACUGAAGUUGUUUGAAAAGAAAGAAAAUCGAGAGAUGUUUGCAGGUAUUGGAAGGCAAGACUGGCAGUUGUUAUGGAUACAGAUGAAGUACGACGAGGAAAAUGGUGGAGGAUCUUCGAGCAUGGGUUAGAGAUGGAGGCUAUUCAGGGUUGUUCAAUGACUACGAGGAUCUUUAUGAUCUCAUUUUAAUAUUCCUGUUUGAUACUAUUUUUAUGGAUUAUGGUGGUUUGGAUUAUUUUAUUUCCGGUUUGAAACUUUCAUGGAUAUGGAACACUGUUGAAUGUUUUAUUUGUUUGCCAUGUUUGAAUGACUUUUAUGAAUAUGGAGAUUAUGUCUUGACUGAGUA